AUGUUGCGUGACUUGCUUGAAAAUCCCACCCCCAACUUCGUCAAUACCGUAAAGCUGGAGCUACCAUCGAUCUCGUCGGUCCACGCCCGCGGCCCUGUCGACACCUGGUACAACUCUCAAUACAACCCAAAACCCGCCGUGACGAACGAACGCCUGCCGACUCUCUCCCAGAUCCAAUCGCAACCCCAUUCCCAACCGCAACCGAGCGGCUCCUCCACCUCCUCUUCCCCUCGCGGAGGCUCCAUCAGCUCCGGCUCUGCUUCUGUCGCAAACAGUAGCACCAGCUCCAACACGUCCUACGCUCCCUCGGUCAACGGUCACAUCCCAGGGUACAAGACGCCCUCGCCGGAGCAAACUCCGCAAGCCGCCAGCCGUCCCGGUCAGCCAUUGAAUGUGCAAUCGCAGCAAGGCUCUCCGUACGGAAAUCAACAGAGCUACGGCUACCCUUCAGAGGGCUACAACAGCAUGAACCAGAUGCAAUCGUAUGCUGACGUGCACCCAUCACACAUGUCUGCCGCCACCGCUCACGCACCAGCUUCGGCUGCUCCCUCGAGUCUGGCCCACUACUCGUAUCCCCAGCAAUCCUCCAUCCUCCAGCCUGGCCCUCAAUAUCCCCCUCCUGCAGGUUACCCGCAGUAUGGUUAUGGCAAUGGCGUCCCCUCGCAGCUUCCAGCAUCGAGCUCUAUGAGCAACGCCAUGGUUCCUCAGUCCAUCCAACUUCCUGCAAUGUCCGCUGGUGCACCCGCAUCCUCGUUGCCAGGCUCCCAGAGCUAUCCGCCUCAGCAGUUCGACCACACCGGUCAGAUUGCUCCCGCAGGGAUGAAACCUCGGGUCACGGCAACGCUCUGGGAAGAUGAAGGCAGCCUCUGCUUCCAAGUAGAGGCCAAAGGCGUAUGUGUAGCUCGUCGUGAAGAUAACCACAUGAUCAACGGUACUAAGCUUCUUAACGUAGCUGGCAUGACCCGCGGCCGCCGUGACGGAAUCUUGAAGAGCGAAAAGACAAGACACGUUGUCAAGAUCGGCCCCAUGCACCUCAAGGGCGUGUGGAUCCCAUUCGAACGUGCGUUGGAGUUUGCCAACAAGGAGAAGAUCACCGAGUCUCUGUAUCCUCUGUUCGUGCACGACAUUGGAGCACUGCUUUAUCACCCCUCAAAUCAGACGAGGGCAAGUGUAGGAGGCGCCGCGAUGGCAGCUGUUGAUCGCAAUCGAAGACCUGACCCUAUGCAGACCACGCGAUAUCUGACUGGGCCCACCACAUCCCAGCCCCCGUCGCUGCAUCACCACCACUCGAUGAGCAACCCCAUCGGCGCCGCCUCGAUGUCUCAACCGCCGCAUGCGAUCCAGCCUCACCCAUCCUCGGGCAGGCCUGGCAUGGAGAGGGCCCACACCUUCCCCACGCCACCGACCAGCGCCUCUAGCAUAAUGGGCAUGAACAACCAGGGAAGCUUCAACGAGUGGAGUGGUACCAAUGUACAGAACAUCCCUGGACCUCCUCUCUCCAUCGAUACCGGUCUGAGCAACGCUCGCUCAGGCCCUACCACCCCGGCCAGCACUCCCCCAGGCACUGUCCAGGCAGGCAUGUCCUACCCGACGGCACAAAGUUACGACAGCUCGAGACCGAUGUACUCUGCACCACCCUCGCAACCAGCCCAGUACAAUACACACUCGCAGCAGAUGAUGGGUUACCGCCCCCAGGAUGGCACCUACCCCAAGACCGAGAUGGCACCACCCGCACGAGCACCUGACCAGGGCGACGUGAAGCCGGCCGAGGGCAUGAUGCCCCAGACCAGCGAGCAAGUCUCCCAUGCCUCUGGAGAGGUUGAGGGCGAGCACGAGAACGAGUACACGCACACGAAUGCUCCUUAUAAUAGCAGCCGUGCGUCCUACGGUUACAGCUCUGCCCCUGCCCCCGGACCUAUCCAUGGCGACCACCCCCACUUGUCCCCAGAGAUGACUGGCUCUCCUCACCAGAACGGUUCCGGACGUGCAACCCCCCGCACGACCGGGACGGGGCAGGCCCAGUGGAACUCUGGCUAUCCCACUCCACAGCGUCAGGCCCCGCCGUCGAGCAAUCUCUACAAUGUCAUGAGUGAUACUCGCGGUGCCACCAAUGGUAACGCCGCUCCCGAGAGCUACCCUCCCCCUGGAGGCGUUCCUCAAUACCCAAGCCAGGCAUACGCCCCCUCCAACGGCAUCCCCACCUCCGCCAAGCGAGGUCGCGAUGACGACGAGCAGGACCCUUACCGCCCCGAUAGCGUCCAAGGUGACAACAUCGAGGGCCCCAAGAGGCGAAAGACCAUGGACGGAGGCGCCGUUGGCUCCCCCUACGGCAAUCCCAACCCUGGAUUGCAACGCACCCAGUCGACCAUCCAGCAGCGUGCUCGCAGGUGA